GGAAAGGAGACUUACGACAGUGACUGAGCUCAAGAGCAGAUCAUCUGUUAUAGAUGUCCCACAAAUGAAGUAGCUUGCUUAUACUCAUCACAACUCUAGUUUCUGCAGAAACAUUCAUCUACCAGCCAUCGACCAUGAAGAUUCUUAGCUACCUCCUAGCUUACCGAAGGUUCCUGCUCAUUGUCCUCACCCCACUGCUUUUACUUCCACUUCCACUUAUCAUCAAAACCAAAGCAGCAGAAUGUGCAUACACGUUGUUUGUAGUUGCCAUCUUCUGGCUCACAGAAGCUUUGCCGCUGGGUGUUUCAGCUUUACUCCCUGCCUUUAUGUUCCCGUUGUUUGGUAUAAUGCAAUCCAAGGAGGUGGCAUCUGCUUAUUUUAAAGACUUUCACCUGCUUCUGAUUGGAGUAAUUUGUUUGGCAACAUCAAUAGAAAAAUGGAAUUUCCACAAAAGAGUGGCUUUAAGAAUGGUGAUGCUGGUGGGUGUCAACCCUGCAUGGCUUACACUGGGUUUCAUGGUUAGCUGUGCGUUCUUGUCAAUGUGGCUCAGCAACACCUCUGCUGCUGCCAUGGUGAUGCCAAUUGUAGAGGCUGUAGCUCAGCAGAUCAUCAGAGCUGAAACAGAAGCUGAUGCACUGGAGAUGUCUUGCUCUAAUGGCUCCACCAACCCCGCACUGGAGCUAGACGAAAAUGUAGGAGAAUGUCAAAGCAGUGACUGGAAAGAGAAAGAAAAACAAGUUAAUGGAUAUGACAAUGAUGUGAGUGUUAUUGUGUGCACAACUGAAAAGGAAAAUGAAAAAGACAAGGAACAGGAAAACCUACCACCUGCUGAAACAAGGAGAAAAAGCAGAGAGGACAAAUACAGUGGGGUUUUUAAAGUGAUGUGCUUAUGUGUUGCUUAUUCUGCUACCAUUGGAGGGCUGACCACAAUCACAGGAACGUCAACUAAUCUGAUUUUUGCUGAGCACUUCAAUACACGUUACCCAGGUUGCCAGUGCAUCAAUUUUGGAUCCUGGUUUAUCCUUUCCAUCCCCAUCACAGUUAUUAUUCUGGUGCUCUCCUGGGUCUGGCUCCAGUGGCUUUUCCUUGGGUUUGAUUUUAAAAACAUGUUCAAGUGUGGCAAGAAGAAAACAGCUAGAGAAGAGGCCUCAGCACAGGUGAUUCGGGAUGAAUACAAGAAGCUUGGAUCAAUAAGCUACCCAGAAAUUGUUACACUUGUCCUAUUCAUUCUAAUGACCCUGUUGUGGUUCACCAGAGACCCUGGCUUCAUCCCAGGAUGGUCUUCACUUUUCCCAAAGUAUAAAGGCUAUGCUACAGAUUCAACAACUGCCCUAGUGAUAGGCAUCCUGUUCUUUAUUAUUCCAGCAAAAACUUUGUCCAGGGCUUCAAACGGAGAAAACACUGCUUUUGGUUACACUCCACUGAUUACUUGGAAGGAAUUUCAGUCAUGCAUGCCCUGGGAAAUAGCUAUUCUUGUUGGUGGCGGGUUUGCACUGGCAGACGGCUGUGAGGUUUCAAAACUUUCUGAGUGGGUAGCAAGUAAAUUGACCCCUCUAGGAUCGUUACCCCUGUGGCUGGUUAUCCUGAUAUCAUGCCUUAUUGUCACUUCAGUGACAGAAGUGGCCAGCAAUCCAGCUACCAUUACGAUAUUUUUGCCCAUACUAGCUCCUUUGGCUGAAGCCAUUCAUGUGAACCCACUUUUCAUUUUGAUACCUGCUACCUUGUGUACUUCCUUUGCAUUCCUGCUUCCUGUAGCAAACCCGGCCAAUGCCAUCGUAUUUUCAUAUGGUCAUUUAACUGUUAUGGACAUGGUGAAAGCUGGUUUGGGCAUUAAUAUCAUUGGAGUUGCUGUAGUUAUGCUUGCAAUUAUGACCUGGAUAGUGCCUAUAUUUGAUCUCUACACUUACCCAAGUUGGGCACCAGACAUUUCUUAUGGAAAUACCACUGGGCUGUAAAAAAAAAUCAAAAAUCCUGGGGAUUGGUUUGUAUUGGUUUUGUUUCUUUUCUUUUUCACUGACACGUGGUGAGUCACUUAAAAUAUUUUUUAUCACCACAAUAGGGAACCACAUUACUAUAAAUGCCAUGUUUCACAGUCCCAGAGGCUGAUGAUCCAGUUUGAGAGUCUAAUCAGGAAGAGUGCUGGACUGUCUAGAUAUCAUAAAAUUAGAUCAAGCUUCUAAUCUAGUUCAGCUAGCCUGAACUUUUAUCUCUUCAUGUUAUGAAGAAAAAAAUAAAUGUUUAUAGCCAUUAUCACUGGCAGUUUGCCCCCAUUCUCAGGGUAGCAGAGUAAUGAGAUUUAAAUGUUAUUAUUUCAAACACAUUUUCCUACUAUUUGCUAAUAUCUGGGGUUUGUCCAAGAACAUAAUGGUUUUCUGCUUUCUAGAUUCAAAUGCUGUUUGAAUGAAAUGGUGUUGAUCACAAACAAAAGAUCAGGCGUGGGAUUGUCUUGAAAACAUAGUUUACAGACCUGUCAAAAAAUGCACGGAAAAUGGAGAAGAGCAGCAUGACCACUUACACAGCACUUUAUCUGUUAAGCACCUUGUAAUUUGGAAGGAGAAUAUAUACUUAGGCAUAUGUUUAGUCUACCUCCUUCCAGGACCGCACCGAAACAUGUUGUUGUUAUUCAGUAUUUUUCUGGAUAGACAAGUAUUGAUAGAUCAGAGUUGAUCUAUAUGAAUGGAGACUAAAUUAUCAUUACGCCUCUCUGCCAAAAGUAGAGAUAUAUCUCCUUGAUUAAUGAAAGCACAAGAUAGAAUGAUGAAGAUGUGACACUCAAUCCAUCAAUGAAGACUACUACAGUGCAGCUUCAACUGGAAGUUCAUGGUCUCUACAGGACAGGUGGCAGUUUAAGAGUUCUAGACUGUGUUAAUGUUGGAAACACAAAACGGCAAUGUAGUCAAAAUGGAAGUUUGAAGUUCAAAGAUCUAUUCAAAUAAUGAUGUUUUAUAUGGUUGUUACAUGUUUUUCACUGUGAGGACUACAGGAUUGUUCUUUUCAUCUGUUGGGAGGACUAGUGACAAUUUAUAAAGAGCGUUUAGUUAAUCGUUGGAACCAAAGCUGCAUGUAUUUACCUUGGGUCAUCCCCUGGGGCACCUUUGUGAUGGUUGUAAACCAUAAUCUGUCUUUUAUUGUAAAUUAUCCACUUUUCCAAACAACAACAACAAAAAAGCUCUUUUGUUUUGAUUAGAUGGUUUACAUCUAUUUUUGAUAGUGCAUAUUUAGAGAUGUCAGUCAUGACUUUUAUAGUGCCAGAACACAGUAUAUGGGAUUGUUGUAUAUGUAGUUUUUUCCAUUAGCUACUGCUUGCAGAUUCAGCUGCAAUGAGUUAUUAAAGAAGCACUUUUUCUUAAUGAUGAAGGUUUUUUGUAAGUAAUUGUUAUCUGUACAUGCCACCAUACUUUUCAUCCUGAAGGCUGCUGCUAUCUCUUUAGGAUGGCUAUCUACCUUUUAUUUCCCUUUUUUUGUAUUUUUUAUACAGUGCUUGGCAGAGUCAGGCUACAUCCAUGACCAGGCCAAUCAGGAGCUGCCAAUAUACAAGUGGUUCCCUAUACAAGUGUUUAACUGAUCCCCUGUAGUAAUGACUGUGAUUACAGAAAUGCAACACCUGGCCAAAUGAAGCCUCUAACUCAUCAGGUACUAGAAGGAAACGCUUAUGCAAGUAGCUAACCCAAGACAUGUGUCUUGGACUGUAUUAUACGGUGUCUUUCAAGAAGAAUGUACAACACAGAAACAAGUAGCUCACCGUUUAUGUAGGCUUUUGGUCCUGCAGGUAUAGAGAGGAGAACCAGCUAAGAGAGUGUUCUUACUUUAAGGUUCCCCGGUAUUGCUUUUCCAGCUGUCAGUAAUUUUCCAAUUAUUCAAGAGUGCUGGAAACAGUGAAUCAUAGAAUAUUUCAAGUGUAAGGGAUUUCAGAAGACCGUCUCAUCCAACCUUGAUCAAAGCAAGGUUAGCACUGAAUGCAGACCAGGGAUUUGUUUAGUCACUUCCUGAAAAUCUCCAAGAUGCAGACUGCACAUCUUCCCUGGGUAAUGUUCUCCAGUGCUUUGCUGUCCUUGUGGUGAAAUGUUUUGUCUUUAAACAUAUGAACAAACGUAUAUUCAUUUUAGUGGAAUAGACUAAUUUUUCCUUCCUUUUUUUGGGACAGAAUUUUUUCUAGGUGUAAAACUGGUUGUUGUUUUUUUUUAUUGAAACAUGAAAAAGGGGAACAAUCCUCUCUGUGACCUUACAUUCAUGACUCCCAGUGGACAUGAUGUUUUCAAUCUCCACUGGUCUGUCUGCCCUACAAAGUAUAAAGUAUUAUAACCAUGUGGCAACUGUUUUUCAGACAGAGGAAAUUUGCUGACUGCUUAUGAGCUGUCCCCCAGUUUUAUUAAUGUUCAUGGUACGGAAUUGGCUGGUGUAACCUCAGCCUUGAAUAUGACAUUGAGGUCUGCAGAAGUCCAUGAAUGCACUGCUCUGUAAAAUCAUGCUUUGACACCUGUAUUCUCUCCUCAAGUUGCAUAUCUUCAUGGAAGAAAAUAAUGAUUAUGCACCAUUUAAGAGAACUCUUUAGAAGUUGUCAGCUGCAGUGUAAGCUGAAGCUCGAUUUGUGCCCAAUCGUUUUGAGCUGUUCGUUUGCUCUACGUUUUGCUUUAUUCAUAGGAUCAUAGGUAAUAUGAUAAGAAAGGCCCUCACAUAACACAGACCACCGAAUUUCCCUAGACUACGUUUUCAGGACAGCCAGUGUGACAAAGUAUUUUAGUAAAUAAAAAAGAAGAUUCAAAUUGUUUAACGAAAGAUGCACUUCUAAAAACUAUUUUCACUACAACCUGUGUAUGCAGUGGAUAAUACGCAGAAAGAGAAGGGAGGGAUUUGUAAUGAAAGUUAGUUAAUCAUCUGUUGGGCCAUGUGCAUUUAUAAGGUAUCAAAAUGAAACACAGAAUUAUAAAUAAACUUACUGUCAGUGACCAGUAUCUUAACUGUCAUAAUGUGACAAUUAGUACAAAAGUGAAACAAUCAAGCAUGAGGUUUUGAGAGACUGUAUCUUGUAAGUAAACCAGUCAUGAAUAAAGGAGUUGGUAGUAGUGGGAAAGUAGGGUUCCACCAGGAUUUUUUUUCUCUUGUUUUGCUAAAAGUUUAAAGAACAGGUCAGACACAAUCUCUGAGCUGAGUUGUUAUUAUUAUUGCUGACUUAUUUUUAAAACUUUUAAGAAUCUUUUAAGUCAAAAUGAACAACUCUGCAGUGCGGAGACUAAUAUUGCUAGAACUUCCUCACCUAAGAGUGUUGAAAUGGAGGAAAAAGAGAAUUUCAACAUCGUUGGCUCUCUGUGUACCCGAUGGGGUAUUUGGCUCUGACUGCCAGCACUGAGCACCGUGCUGGCUGCCAGCACAAAAAGUGCUUUUCAUAUGUCACUAUUAUAGUCAUUGCUUUGUCCAGAGUUUGUGUGUAAUGUGAUGAAUGGUGGAAAUGCAUCUGUAAUUAUUUUAAGAGUUGAUUAAUAUAUGAUGACUGCAUUAACUAUUUGUAAAUUUCUUUGUGCAUAAUUUUUAUAUAAAAUAGUGUGUUUUUUCUUUGUCUCAGCCAAGUCUAAUUAGUCUACUGUAUUAGUACUUAAGUAAUAUUUAUGACUUACUAUUUAUUUGUGGUGUCAUUCCCGCUGAAUUAAAUGGAUCCUUUGCCCUGUAUUUCAUUAGGGGAGAUAUGCCAGGUCAUUGUUCUCCUUUUCUAUGGCCAUGCUGUAUUUAAUACACUUUUCACUUUGCUUUUGGAAGAUGUGCUUUUUAGAUUACCAGAAACCACAAAACAAGUGAAUGCUGGAAAAAGCUUCUUAACUGUUCUAUUACUACAAUGAGAUAGUCAGAUCAAUCUUGCAUGGAAAUCCUCUUAUGUACUUUUGAAACGAAAUAUCUGUGUUUGUUUACUGCAAGACUCUUGCUUGUUUAAUGCCACCCAGCCUGUAGCCCGAGGGCUCACUGAGGAGCACAGCAGCUUAGGAAGAGUGUAGCAAAAAAAAAAAAAGCCUCAUACCCUUGAUCUUACAACUUUUUGACUAGGUGUAGACACCAAGCUGGUUUGCAUAUUAAUUACAACAAUCAAAAGACUAUUGUAUGUUAUGUGCAGUUUCUGGUAGGACCAGAAGGCUUCUAGUGACCCCUUAAGAUGCAGAGAUGCCCGUUGCUGGCCCCCUCUCCUACCCUGCCGUUGGCAGCCCACAGGAGGAUGCCAGAUGCCCUGAUGAUGACACCUUGUUGCCCCAGAGCUCCCAAGGCUGAGGAUAUUCCCCAGGGGCAAGGUCUGCACAGAUUUCAGUUUGUUUUGCAGCUAUUAGUGAUAAAUCAUAACUUCAGUUACCGGCUUAGUUCAUUGUCUCUGCAAAGUUGAUUCGAUGAUUUAUGGUUUUGAACAAUUAGUGAAGUCUUGUCAGUGUUAUUCCUUAAUAUUUUUGCCUUGUGUGUUCGGAAGCUGUUGUAUGUUACUUUACCUGCACAAUAUUCAAUUUCUGUACAACUUUCCUUUACAAUGCUGUUCUACUAAUUUUAAAACAAAUAUUUCCCAAAUGCUGUGAUGUCCAACUUGCAUUUAGUGAUAAAUUAUGAAGAGCUAAAAUUGUGUUCUUUCUUAUCUGUCAAUAAAAGUGCCUGAGAUUUCUUAA